UUGAGGGCCGUGGGUGCAGGCCGUCUUCUAAAAGCAGCUGUGUGGCAUUCGUCUGGACAACGCAUCUGUGCUACAACCAGGCCCCUACAACCAGGACAAUGCUUAAAUGCCCAAAGCUGCAAAAUCUGCAUAAAAUCAGGCAGGUGGACGGAACUGUUCCCUUACACCAAGGAAUCAAUUAUGUGAGCAGUAGGGGCAUUUGUACACCCUUGCAGUCACACGGUGUAGCCCUAUGCCAAGGCAGAAUCAUUUACUCAUCAGGAACACCAGUUACAGCUUGUGGUCAGGGGAAGACAGAGCCAGUGAAUAGCACCAGGAGGAUUUGUACAACAGCAGGGUUGCCUUUUCACUUAUGGAGAGCAGCGUUUCAGCCUUUUCCAAUGACGCCACUCCUUCACAACACAAAGGUCAAUAUGAGGAAAAGCACAUCACACCUUGAAAAGACAUCACUGCUUUACCGAGCUCCCCCCAUACAAGUGAACAACAGAAGUUUUAAUACUACCACAACAAGGACAGAAAGCAAGGAAGAUGACGUACCGCCUGUUCCAUACGGGGCGAACUUGCAAAACACCAUUAGCAACCAUAAAUGGAUCAAGGAUGACGGCUUGGACAAGAACAGGCACAUUUUAAUUUUCCACUCCACUGAUUACAGGAUGCUUCGUUACUGUGGACCCGUAUCCGUAACAACUAUGGUAUUUUUGGCCUCUGCUUUUACUUAUAAGUUCUCGGACUAUUUGGUUGGGUUCCCACAUAAUAUUGACGCUCUGGAACAUCCAGCUGCCAAAGUAAUAAUGGUAUGGGCCAUAACUGUGCUUUACUGUGUGCCCAUUGUCUUGUUUUCUUAUAUGCAUCCAUGGAGGUUAUAUUAUGAUCUUAUUACUGGGAAGUAUACUAUCAUUGCCCCUGGCAUGCUGCUUGUCAAUAAGACGAAGGUGGAGUGCUCGCUGAGUGAAAUGUUCAGGCCUAAGUAUUUAAAGAAUAUGGGGUUUAAAGUGAGGAAUAGGAUAUACUUGUGGACAGAUGGGGCGCCGAUGAAUGAAGUCAUGAUACAACAAUUGAUGAUGACUGCCCAGGAAAACUCACUGCAGAAGAAGAAUUCACCUAAGUAGGGAAUUGAUGUCUCUUCAUUAUGAAUGGUGACAAAUGUGUCUGCCUGAAAGUCUCAGACUUGAUAAUGUGCUGAAGGCAGUGUUAACAGCGUUAUAUACCAGAUCCUAAGAGUUUGGAUUAUUGUAGUAAAUUUGUGGUUUUGUUUGAUCAAAAAAGCAAAAUGCAA